AUGCAUUGGUGGGAGGAGUGGCAGCUGCGCAUCCUCAUCUUGGGCAGCCUCAGCGUUCAGUGCUAUCUCGCUCUAUUUGCCAGUUCUCGUAAGAAGCAUAUCAAGCCAUUGUAUAGAUUGUUCAUCUGGCUGGCAUACCUAGGCGGCGAUGCUCUAGCGAUUUAUGCCCUCGCCACGCUCUUUAAUCGCAACAAGAAGGACCAGCACCAGCCUGUAAAUGGCAGCCGUGAUCUAGAGGUGUUAUGGGCCCCUAUCUUGCUUAUGCACCUCGGUGGACAGAUGAAUAUAUCUGCAUACAAUAUCGAAAACAACGAACUAUGGAGGCGUCACAUUCUUACUGCAGUAGCUCAGGUCACCGUGGUCGCCUACGUGUUUUGCAAGUCAUGGUCACCCUCAGCCGAUAAGCGGUUAUUAGCUGCAGCAAUUCUGCUCUUCAUCAUUGGUGUUUUCAAAUGCUUCGAUAAACCCUCGGCUCUCAAGAGGGCAAGCUUUAAUAGCAUAGUCAGCUCUUUCCUUCCUGCCCCGAGGACCAAGACAAAGAAAAGAGAAGUUGAGCUUGAAGAAUACUUACAAGAAACACGAGGUUUUGUGCAACACAACCAAGAUCCCGCACCAUUGGAGUCUAAUGAACGACGAAAACACAUAGAGCAACUCUCUAUAACUGACAAGCUAUUUGUAGACUAUGCAUAUGUCUACCAUGACCGUUUGGCUAACAUGAAAUCCUUCUGGUUACUGGACAAAGAAACCGCUUAUGAGGCUCUACGUGUAGGGCUCUCCAAAACUUUUGAUUUUAUCUAUAGCAAGGAAUUUCAGUUUGAUGAUAAGAACAGAGAUGCACCUUUCUGUGGUAAUUUCUGCUCUUUACUUAUAUGGCUAGAGAGUGAAAAUUGCAACGCGAAGAAUCCGCAAAAAGGAGGCAAGUAA